UGCUGGAGAAUCGCUGAGAAGACGUGCUGAUUCAGCACAAUUACAUCCUACUCUGUCCCCCAGCGUCCAUUAAAAGUGCUCUCGCUGCUUCCUCGGGUCUCUCUGGACCUGGACCCACUGUCGUAACGAGCUGAUCGGAGCAGAGCCGCCGAGUGAUCAAAAAAUAAUGCGUUGUUGCAGCUUGAGUCUUGAGUUUUGAGAAUUUCUACUAGGGUCACGUCAGGCUGUCCAAUAUGAUGAAAGAUUGCCUUCAGUUCCUCAUUGAGCCAGCCAAGAAGCUCAAGUUUCGUCUGAAGGAGACGCGAAAGAAAGUGAAACAUGUAAAGAAAGAACCAUUAACAGAGAGCCAGCUGUUUAUAAUGGAGCUCGCGCGAGAGCUCAAUAGGAUGUGUCAGAGGUCAGAUAUUCUGGCUCACAUCUGGACUGGAGAGGACGUAUGGCCUCCACAUGCCUGUCGAGAGUUCAUUGUGGAGACCGCCAACAUCCUGGAGAUGAAGGAAAAUAUUGAGAAGCCAAUGCAAGUUUAUGCCGAUCUGCAUCCAGAAAAGCGGGACUGGAAGAGUCAUUUACUGAGCAUGCUUGAGCAGGGAGGAGAAUAUGACAUGGGCCCGUACAAAAGGAUCAUCAUGGACUGGACCAGAGGACAGCGCAACAGACACCCGCACGGUAUCUGGCCGGGCGAGGCGGUGCUGAUGAUGCUGGAUGACGUGGAGUUGCAGUGGAAGCGGGGUCACCUGUCACACCUGCGGUCUGCUAUGGAGCUGCUCAUAGGGGUCGUGCUUGGGGAACAUCUGGACAAGGAGCUCAUUCCAAGACUGUGGCUGGUACAAAAACAAAAGACCCAGAAGAUCGAUUGCACUGGCUACAUUCCACACAUAGUGUGGAACUGGAUAUGUGAUGCUGCAGUGGAAAUAACGUUUGAUCCAGAGACGGCCAACCCCGCUCUCCUUCUGUCUGAGGACUGCAAGCGCAUGCAGUGUGGUUUAGAGCGGUGUGAGGUUCCCCGCAGCCAGCGGCGCUUCGACGGCUGGUGGUGCUGUCUUGGCUCUGAGGGCUUCUCGUCGGGACGCCGGUACUGGGAGGUAGAAGUGGGCGACCGUGAUUGGCGUCUCGGUGUGGCCAAAGAAUCAGCUCUCUGCAAAGGCUACAGACCGCUGAACACCCAGAGCGGAUACCUGACCCUCAGGUUGGAGCGGGGCUCCGAGCUCAAGGCCUUGACCACACCGCCCACACCCCUGCCCCAGUCGCUCAUCCCGCGGAGGGUGGGGGUCUAUCUGGACUACGAGGAGGGGCAGCUGUCCUUCUAUGACACCCAGAAGCGUGCGCACAUCUACACAUACAGCGAGAGGUUCACGGAGAAGCUUUACCCGGUGUUUGGGACGGUGGAGAUGGUGCGCGAGAUGGUGAUCAGGCCUGCAGACCUGAGGGAGCGAUGUCUCUUACUGCCCUUCAGAAGCUACAGAAGAUGAAGAUGAUGUUUCCAGAAGACAGAAUAUGUUAAAUUUGCCUUGAAUUUCAAAUUUUAAAAGUUUUCACCCCCCGGCUCUUAAUGCAUCGUGUUUCCUUCUCAAGCAUCAGUGAGUGAACCUUCUGUAAUAGUUGUGAGUCCCUUAGUUGUCCUCAGUGUGAAAAGAUGGAUCUCAAAGGAUUCUUCUAAACAGCAGGCAGUGUAACUGUUCAGGACAAACAAGAGACUCAUGAACAACUAUCACUAAGAAAAAAAAAAAAAAACAAUAAAAAACCUGUCAAUCAUUCAGGUAACAACACAGUAUUAACAAUCAAGUGUAUGUAAACUUUUGAAUGGGUCAUUUUUAUAAAUUCAAUGAUUAUCUUCUCUUGUGGACUAUAUGUUAACAUCUUUAAUGUGAAAUAUCUUAUUCAAGUCAGUACUAAAACAAAUAAAAAUAAAAUAAUGAACAUUUUGCAGAUUCUGCAAGGUGUAUGUAAACUUUUGAAAAACACUGUUUUUGUGUGCAUGGCCUAAAAUAAGAUUACAAUUAGCCAAUUUCAAGACCUAAAACCAAAAUAUUCUUUUGCUGACUUGAAUGCACUUAUUCCCCCAAAUCUAGUAUUAGCAAGUAUUAGAUGUACAGUGAUCACAUUCAACUCCAUGUUUGUUUCAGUAACAUAAGAAAGCAUAUAGAGGGCAGUGUCAGUACAUACUCCUCUAAUCAACAUAAAGCAUUUC